UUUUAGACAUUUUUGUUUGUUAUUUAAUUUCUCUUUUCUUUAUUUUAGUUUUUAAAAUGGACUAUUAUUCUUUUAAUAUUGACGAAACUGAAUGUUCUUCAUAUAAUAACAAUACACAUCUUGUUCGCCAGUUUAAUUUCUUCCAAUUUUCGAGUUCACAGGUUUUGGAGACAUUUCGGACUAUUUUUACCGACUCUUGGUCUAUUGUUAUCCAAGGGACGACAAUUCAUUUGCUUAGACAACAUUUAAAUUUGACAGAGAUGAGAAUGAAUAAACCGAUUGAUUCUCUUAAACAGGCUCUCAUUGAUCGUUUACUCCAAGUAACAUUUUAAUUAUUUUUAAGUUUAGUUUUCGUUCAGAAUGGGAAGUUCGAUCUAAUUUUCCACAAGGCGCAG